GCACGUGUGGUUUACCCCUCCACGAGAGUAGGUUUCCCCGGUUUACAACUGAGAAUGCUAUAGUAUAGGAAGUGGAUUCGUAGACGCCUGCUUUCUCCCAUUUGUACCGACCGCUUUUUGUUGUUGUUGUUGUUGUCUUGCCACGCGCUGACUUCGUUCAACUAUGAGUAACACUGGAGGAUGCUGACGCUUGGUAACCGCACCUCACUUUUAAGACCCUCGGAGUAUUUUAAAAUUAUGUAGUAUUAUAUAUAUAUAUGUAUAUAUAGUCAAUUGUUUUCUACAUACAUAGGGAUGCGUUGCCUACUACGUUCACAUGCCCCUUUUACUCCGUGUAGUGCACAAGAAGUCCGUUGUGUUCUUACCUGAUGAUAGAUCCGCAUCUUGCGCGUAGUCGAAAUUGAGGAUAUGCCAGAAGAAGUGGGAUCUUUAGAUAUUUCAAACCUAGAAGAAUAUUACCCAGAAUCGUAUGUUUCUAUAGCUCCUACGUUCAGAGACCACGCACAACAAGUUGAAUCUAACAAUGUGCAGAAGGCUUUACAAAACGUUCUAAACUUGCCAGAUCUUAGCAACGGUAGCCUUAGAAACGGCUUUCAGUUGACAUCAGAUAUGGCGGUUGGAACAUGCGGUGAUGAUAAUCGAACCGGUCUUGAUGGAUCUUGUGGAAAUGAUUUGGAUGUAAAAUUUAAACCAAGGCUCGUUAUUAAGAGAGAACCGGACGAAGAAGUGCAUAAAGAAGAAGAAACAAACCAAGAGAACUUGGGACAAAAUGACAAUUUCCCAGAGGAAGGCAAAGAAAUGAAAGUUGACGAAGAUAGGCGUUACCAACCUAACGAUGUCGCCACUUUGCUCGAAGCUCUUGCCGUUAGCUGUCCACACUGUGAAAGAACGUUCUCCGGUAGUCAAGUGCUUUACGCUCUACGAGAUCACUUGAAAGCUGCUCACCAACAAGUGCUGGAGGAUACAGAGAAGAAAGAUGAUACCACCCACGAGUGCAACAAAUGCACUGCUUCGUUCUCAGAUAAGGCCCAUUUGGAAAAGCACGAACUUUUUCACACAGAAUCAAGCCAGCAACGCCUAAACGACAGCGAUGACUCGUCAGGCCUCCGAAAGUUCCGGUGUCCAGAGUGUGGAAAGGCCUUCAAGUUUAAACACCAUCUGAAGGAACAUGUCAGGAUUCACAGUGGUGAAAAACCAUUCGUUUGUCCAAACUGUAGCAAGCGAUUUUCUCAUUCAGGUUCUUAUUCCUCUCACAUGACCAGUAAAAAGUGUCUUAUAAUGAAUUUGAAGGUUCGUAAAAUGGAAAAUAAGCCGCCUCGAGGUCGUGGAACUAACCAAAAGGUCGCCCACGCUAUUUCACCAAAGAAUCACCUAUGUGAUUCUAGGACCAUUCAGUCUUUUGAAGAAUACGUGCCUAUUGAACCUGGAUUUUCAUCUACUGUGACCAACCAAAAUCAUCCUCAAGUUAAAAAACAUCCCCUCCAUCCAGGGGCCUUCGCCUCCAUUCCUUGGCACCCUUUUUUGAAACCUCAAAACUCCGACAUUCCUACGAAACACCUUCCUUUUGCAUGCUUUUUCAAUUCGCCCAGUGCUGUACCUUCUUCUGUUGAUAACCCAGUCUCUUCCAGUCUGUCUUUGCCAACACCUACGUCAUCAGAACCCAUGAAUUCCUUUCUUGAUACUGUGAUCUCUGGGAGAGAACAAGGAAACUAUCCACCACCAGUGAGCCUAUCAGCAAACAGCGACAUAAAGACAGUUAGAAGAAUUAUUGAAAUUAUGGACGAAUCUGUAGCUAAGAAGCAACAGACUUCGAGCUGCAACAACGGACGUAAAGGGCUUCUUUCAGAGCUUUUAAGUAAACCUCCUUGCUCGCAUCCGUUGAAGAUAUCGCUAGAAAAGCUUAUGUGCAGUUUCAAAAAAGAAUCUAUCCUAAGCGGUAAAAGCCCAGUUCAGAAUCUCCAAAGUGGCGAACAGUGUGCUGAUGAAGUUAAUAAUGUCCAAUCAGAAUCGUGUAAAGGUGGAAAGCGGUUAACGAGAACAAAUGCUUCUAUGGACGACCAGACUGGAUCUGUAAUUUGUUCCAUUGGCGAUGUAAGUUUGUCGAACACUAAUAAUCCAGAGACACCUGAAAUACGAUACUGGAACGCUACAGGAAAUGACUUUGGUGAAAGUUUCUAUUUUAGAUCAUCACCCCAUAGUGAAAAUGAAGCCAAUGCAGGUAGCGUCGAAGAUGUUAUGAAUUUAGUGGAUGGCAGAAAUAUUUCUUUUCAAAAUAUCUUGAGCGGAAUUAAGUUAAAAACGUUGGAGAAAUUUCAUGUUCAGAACCGGAAUCCGACAAAAUAUGAUAUUAAGAAGCUAGCAAGAGAACUUGGAUGUCCUUCGCGUAUUGUGCAGGUUUGGUUACAGGCUAUUAAAAAUGAGAACUGUUCUACAAAUUGUCCAAUUCAGAUACCGAAAGUUUCGCUUGAAAACUGCUCGAAAAUAGACUUACCAGUAUCUCGUGAAGCCCAACCAUACCGUUUGAAUAUUCCGAGUUACAAGCCACAGCCUCUCUUCAACUUUCCUACCACGCCAAGCUGUUAUGGGGACACGUCACCGGGUCUGACUAUACCACCGGCUCACAGUAAAAAUAUGUGUUUUGAAUAUAGAGUUCCAUUUAUCUGCUCGCAGAACAUACGGCAAAAAGGUACAGAGCUGGUCAGAAAGUUUGUUUUACCGGACUAUGAAUCACCUCUUGACCUUUCCUUGAAGAAGGAAGAGACUUGUAACCCAUAUAAACAUUUAGAAAAUUCACCAAUAGUAGAACCAAAUUAUGAGUACGAAAUCAUGAACCUCAGCCAAAAGUCCAGUCGUACAUCAGCGCCACCCAAAGAAACCAAAUCACGUAGUGCUACGAACGGAAGGUAUUUUGAUAGUGAAAACUUUAAUUUUUUCAAGUAUACAAGCGAACACCAAAGAAAUUCCUUUAGAGUACUUACCAAAAACCGGCCAGUUGAAUACAACGACAUUGUGAACUUUGAUCACUAUUAUUCUCCACCAGAAGGAUCUCCGAUCAUGGAGCAGUUCGAUUCAGUAAGUCCACAUCAGGAUUCAUCAAGAAUGUCCUUGAUUACGGACUGUAGAUCUGUAAGUCCAGCGAAUGGCUUUCAUCUACGACCAACUUCUCAUUCACCCGAAAGCGAAGGGCCACCAUCUUCACUUGAACAAAACAGUCUAGACGUAACUCCGGGAAGCGAAGGGCCACCAUCUUCACUUGAACAAAACAGUCUAGACGUAACUCCGGGAAGCGAAGGGCCACCAUCUUCACUUGAACAAAACAGUCUAGACGUAACUCCGGGAAGCGAAGGGCCACCAUCUUCACCUGAACAAAACAGUCCAGAUGUAACUCCGGGAAGCGAAGGGCCACCAUCUUCACCUGAACAAAACAGUCUAGACGUAACUCCGGGAAGCGAAGGGCCACCAUCUUCACCUGAACAAAACAGUCCAGAUGUAACUUGUAGUCCCACUAAAGCAAAUGGAAAAUUUGAUUCAAAAAGUUCUUCUCCAGAUAACGUUGAAAGUUGGCAAAUGGAUAAUUUUAAGAGAUUUUGGAAAAAGGCGAACACAGAAAGACAUCAAGUUGUAGCGGAAGAAAAGUUAGAACUGGAGGAAGAUGAUGGAGUUGAGAUGAAAAGAAGGAAGUUUUCUAUCGAAAGAUCAGAUGGAGAAGGAUUAUUUGAAUGUGAUCAAUGCUCUAAAGCGUUCAACAAACAGAGUUCUCUUGCACGACAUAAAUACGAACAUUCCGGUCAGAGACCUCAUCAGUGCGACGAGUGUAGUAAAGCAUUCAAACACAAGCACCACCUGACGGAGCACAAGCGACUUCACAGCGGCGAGAAGCCUUUCCAGUGCCGGAAGUGUCUAAAGCGGUUCUCCCACUCCGGCUCCUACAGCCAACACAUGAACCACCGGUUCAGCUACUGCAAGCCUUAUCGAGACUAAGAAUGAACGAAUUUGAUGUCGUGUUUGUGUGUGUGUGGUUUAACAGAUAACAUCAAAAGGUUGCCGACAAACGCAUGACUAUAUCGCUCUGUUCUAUUUAGCUGCGUCAACAACCACUCAAUAUCGCCUUUUAAGGCUGCGGAAUUUUAAUAAUCACUCUCACUCGCCAUUCGUUGCCUUUCUCGAAACAACGAGAGAGACUUUUCAAAGUACGUCACAGACGCACGUGCCGACGCGCAUAACGUCAUUCAUUGUGUGUGUGAGUGUGACAAUUUCGCGUUCGUCAAACUGCAACCAGUCAUUGGUUUGUUUUCUCAACAGAAAUUUGAAGUCCUAUAUACAUGCUCUAUUUCUUUUUUUUUUUUUAUGGGUGCGAUUGAAAUGACUAGUAACUUAUAAAUAAUUAAAUUCCGAAAAUAAUAGUUUCGAAAAGACUAAAUAUGAAUAUUAUGAUUUUUGUUAAAAUUUAAAAUCAAUUUCAAAUGGUGAAUCCGUAAUUUUUUUUUACAGAUUUAUUAAAUUACCGCAAAAUCUGUGCAGCGAAAUUAAAACAACAACAAAGGAUUCUUUACUGUUUAAUACUCAAAAACUGAUAACAGAAACGUUAGUUUUAUACUUUUUUUGUCUAAUAUAACUGUUGAACGGCUGACUUCUCAAUUGUCGUUGCAUUAUACAUUACACGUUUUUAUUAUAAGCUUUGUUGUUUGAAAAAUGAAAAUGAUGAACAGAGAUUAUUACCACGUAUUUGUAUAGUGCAUUAGCGUCUUUUGUUCCAAACGUGGCUGUUUGGACUUUGUAAAAUUCUAGUUCUUUUUCUAAGGUGCCAAAUUUGGGAAUUUCAGGAAAAACAACAACUGAGAUUAGAAAUAUAUAUAUAUAUAUAUAUAUAUAUAUCAUAUAGGUGAGUAAAAAAAAAAAAAUAUUUGUUUUUUUCUUGUGCCAAAAAUACAUUUAGUCAUAUUUUCUAUAAUGUGAUCGUUGUGUGUAUUAAAAAAAGGAACUUAUGAUAAUUUUACUUCUACUGAAAUGUGCCAAGAAAACCAUUAACUAACCAAACGUCUACCUAGAUAUGUUUGUUAACAGUAAUGAUAAAAAAAAACAAUGUGCUUUACGAGAACAGAAGAUAAUUUUGGUGCUGUUUCAAUUUUUUUUUUCUCUGCUCAUCCUUCAAGGUAUAUACAAAAACUUUUUAUAUGUGAAACUUUUAUGAGUUGUAAAAUAAUUUAAGAAUGAACUGUUUCUCGUUAGAAAAACAAAAAAGAAACCCUAACACCAUUACCAUUUCUCGAUUUAAACAUUAGGCUAUCUGACCCAUCGUUUGAGAGAAGUCUGUGUGUGCGUGUCCGCUUAUAAUUGGCGAACCGCUGGACCGAUUGUCACCACACCUGGCAUCUUUUUUUUUUUUUUAGGACUCUCCGGGGAAUGACAUAGAGGGGUCGGCGUUCGGAUUAUUCCCCUGUAACCUUUCGUGGGGCCCCUUUAUCUUCCCCGUAGAUUAAACGGGUACAUAAGCUAGUAUUUCUAAUAGCAGUUUGUGUUUAAAAAUCUGGCAACAAUCGCAACGUGACUGAGAAAGAUUAAUCGGUGUCUUUGAAGUUAGAACUAAAAGUGUUUGUGUUAUUUACUAUUUAAAUCUGAAAGAAAAAAUUUUUUUUAACCAAAUACGUCUUCCAAGAUUUUAUUAAAAAAUUAGCAGAUAUUUUUUUAAACCUACGUCCGCAACCGAAUUAAACACGUGGUAGGUAAUAUCCAUGGCGUGUAAUUAUCAUCUUAACGAUACUUACUCUUAUUUUCUGCCGGACCUAUCGUGAUCUGAGAUACAGAUAGGGGGAUUUUGUGUUUAUUUUACAUAAAGACGGAAACAUUAUAAUUAUUCUUAAAAUGUCUCAAUUCCAUUAUCAGUUGAUAUUUGUCUCCCCCCCAUGGGAUAGCAGUAAGUCUAAGGACUUAUAACACUAAAAUCCGGGGUUUGAUUCCCCGCGACGGACACAGCAGAUAGCCCAAUGUAGCUUUGUCCUAAAACAAACUUUUUCUGACGCAGUCAACUGCAUUAACCUUCUACUCCUUUCCAGAACGUUAGAAUUGUUAUAUCUUCUCGGAUCCCUUCCCCAGCUGUCGACAAGGGAACAGAUCCCUUCCCCAGCUGUCAACAAAGGAUACGGCACUUUCUUUUUCUAGAAAUGAAACACCGAGAAUAACAGUGUAGGUCUAAACUGUCUUAUUGCGUGAACUAUGUUUUUAUGCGCAGGAAAAUAGUGCAUUUUGUGUAGGAUUUAAAAAAAAAGCCCCAGUGGCUUUUAUUUGUACAUCGAAAAAAAAAAAAUCGAGUGUGUGAAGUGUUCAAUUCAGUCAGAGUACAAACAUUAGCUCAUACGUUGUAACGAAACGCUAUUAUAUUAUUUUGCAACCGUGUAAAUACUUGUGAUACGUAAUAUACAACGCUGGGUAACAUAUUUCACGCUAGAAGUUUUGGUUGGUUAUUGUAAAAUAAAAUGACAUAUUUAACCCGAAUAUUGUUUCUUGAAAUAUAUUUUACAAUGUUGGCAGGUAUGUAAAGUAUUUUGUUUAGCCAAACUUAACCAGUAUCAUAUACGUUAUGAGAACACUAAACAGUGGAGAAGAAAUAUUCUGAUGUUAUCUCAUCCGAGAAGAAUACUUGUAGCUUUGAAAAAAGUGGGGAGGGAUAACUUAAAAAAAAUCAAGUUAUUUGCAAAGUUAGGCUUAACUGUGGAUUAGAAAUGAAGUCAUUAAGCACAUGGUAAAUGCCGUAAAACAUCAUUCUUUGGAUUAAAAAAAACAAAAAAAAACGAAGACUAUUGGACUAUUCACUGAAACCUAGUCAUUCAUACACGUGUAUUAGUUUUGUUGCUUUAGAUACUUCCCGAAGUAGCACGCACGCAUCUUGAAAGUUGCAUAUUUUAAUAUUAGCAAAAUAAACAAAAUUAACUUUUGUAUUUUCAAACUUUAUUUGUUCUCACAAACACACACAUAUAUAUAUAUAAUAUUUUAGAUGUACGUUAAGUAUAUAUAAUAUGGGUAACUCUGGAGAAAUAUUAACGUUAUCCAGGACGAAUUUCUAUACUGAUUAGUAACCUGUGAUCCUACGAAACCGGUUUCAUAAAGAACGUUUUGGAAAAAAAGAGAAAGGAUUGAAGUUUUUGUACACGUGACUAUCUUGAAGUGAAACAUUAAAUUCCAGUUCGGAUAUCCUAUAUACGUAUAUGUGACUAAGUUUGAGGUAUUGGAAAUAAAUGAAACGUAUUUCUAAAUGAAUAUCGUUAUGUCCAUACAUAUUACUAAAUACACGUGACAACUUUGUUUAUAAGUAAAGGUUUUUUUUGCUCAGUUUAUUUGUUUCAGAUUCUGAUUUGUGUUUAACAGUAGUGACCUCUGGCGAGCCCCUAUAUUUUCUAUAUGAAAAUCCUGGGCUGAAUGGACCGUAUACUGUAUACUGCUUAAACUUUUGAAAGGCGAUAAACAAGAUUUCAUACCAGAGUUUUAUAUUAAAAUCAUAAAUAAUAUUCAACGUUAAACUGGUACACAAUGAAAAACAUUUUAUUUA